AUGUCCGACGGGCAGUCAACCCGAAGCCAGUGGAGCGCCAUCGCGCCUUCCAGCUAUGCGCCCAGCGAAGCUCCCACUGAGGAAGGUGUCGAGUUCCAGUGCCCCCGAUGCGACGAAAAUUUCAGACACAUCCGCCUACUCAAGCAUCACCAGCAAAUGAACCUUCACUACAAGUGCGAUAUCUGCAACCAGGAUUUCGCCGAUGAGGAUUCCAUCCAGCUGCACAAGUUCCAGGACCACCCCAAGGAGCAGAGGCUCCGCUGCCCCGGCUGUGGAGAGGCUUUCAACAAGGCGGGAGGUUUGAUGCAACACGUUGAGAACCAUAUCUGCUCCGUCAUCACUCCUGAGAUGCUGCACGAGCGACGGGACAUGAAAUACGAGUUGCCCAAAGCUCUUCAAACUCUCAAGGUAGACAAUGACGGUGAAUACGCGGAAAGCACGACCCGCUCUGCCGUCAACAAGACGACCGGAAAGGCCGAGAAGCCUACUGUCGACCGUCCUAACAACUACAGGAUGCAUGUCCGAGAGAGCAACUACCUGAAGCCCAACGAGAGCCUCCAAGCUUACCGAAUGGGUAACUCAAAGGUGUCCGAUCUGCUGACUGGAGAAGAGCUUCUCAAACCUACCAAGCCGCCCAUGACUGGCACUCAGGGCAACGUCUGGGGUCAGACGAAGGACCUAUUCCCUAACGCGCCUGCCAAGGUUAUCCCUACGCCUGAGCAACUUCGGCGGGCUACGGCCUCUGCUCCGUCCGCAAAGACUGUGACUUCUGGCGGCCGUAUCAUCGACCCCGAUGCGUCUGGAUUCACUGCACAUGUCUUCUUUGAGUCGAUACUUGGAAAGUUCAAGUGUCCCCAUGGCGGAUGCGGUGCCAAGUUCCCCAAGGCCCAGGCUCUAGUCGGCCACCUCAAGUCCCCCGCCCACCGGCCCAAGGCGCUGAUCAGUUGCCCCAUCUGCCUCAAGCAGUUCAACACCAUGUCAGCGGCCGUUCAGCACGCCGAAACGUCGAGUGUUAGGUGCAGCAUCCAGGAGUCGAACGAGUUCCGGUCGUUUGUCCACCAGGUGACGGGAGGAUUGAUGGAUGGAGACAAUAGUCAGAAGACGCUAGAGAAAAACGGUGGAGUGGCCAGGUUCUCCGUUCCUACAGACUUCAUCGAGGAUCUUCCUAUGUCUAAGCGCUAUGUGUAAGGCUAGACAGACAUAUUGCAGAUACACGGCGGACAUGCUGCAGAUACUUCAGGUUUACGCCAGGUAGUAAGUCUAUAUGCAACUCAGCUGACGCCAGCUGGCAUAUGGACAUAAAAUGCUUGAGCCGUACGAGCACUUGGACUCGAACAUGGAACAAUAUGUUCGUGCCUGAAUUUCCAUGAAUAUGAGAUUUCAUUCGAGAGUUUCGACUAGCCGAUCAGAUUAACAUGUCGCCAUUGCACAGGGAUAGUGGGCUAUCCCAUAUUGUCCCAGUAGCGGAACGGCCUAUCUAGCUUUACUGCGGCUUCCCUGUCAG